GUUAAAGCACCUAUAAAAGGCUGUCGUCCCACUGACUGGCACUCUACACACUGCUUCACAGUCACUUGUCCUGUCCUGCCUGGGCUUUAGCUUGGCUGCACAGAUGCCGCGGUUGCUGCAAAACAUUCACGAGAUCAUCGAGGCCUUCGGGCGCUACGCGGGCUCCGAGGGCGGCUGCGCGGCGCUCUCCCGCGGGGAGCUCAAGAGGCUUUUGGAGCAGGAGUUCGCCAGCGUCAUAGUGAAGCCUCACGAUCCGGCCACCGUGGACGAAGUGCUGCGCCUGCUGGAUGAAGAUAAGACGGGGACUGUUGAAUUCAAGGAAUUCCUGGUCUUGGUGUUCAAAGUCGCCCAGGCCUGUUUUAAGACGCUGAGUGAGGCUCCUGGAGGGGCUUGCAGAUACCAAGAGUCUGAAAGCCACCACGCUGGGUCCUCAGCGGAGCUGGGGCAAGGCCAGAGGAGUGGUACUGAAGGAAGGCAGCCACAGAGCAGCCAGGCUUCCGGAGGGCAGGGCAGGACGGGGACGCGCAUCCCGGGUCAAGACAGUAGCUCUGCACAGGUUAGCAGCCACGGCAGGCAGGCCUCUUCCCAGCGACAGCAGACGGUGAGGCAGCAGACUCAAGCGACAGGGCAGGCGGAGCAGACCCCGAGAGCCGACGGCAAGAGACACCGUCAGACCAGAGAGAGGAGUUCAGAGAGGUGGUCGCAGAGCAGCCAACAGACAGGAGAGCUCGUGACCAGAGCUACAACUCGGGUCCACACAGGGGCCUCCCAGAAAGUGGAACAGGGCCAGAUCCCACAGUCAGGAAGCACCAGCAUCCAGACACAGUGGUCCACUCAUGAUCAGAACAGACGGCCUGAGAGCCACGGUCAAGACUGGAGCCAGGAUCACCAGGUCAUGACGGGACACAACCAGGCACAGGCCGGGUCUUACACCCAGACACACAGCCAGGCAGUGGAACAGGGCCAGAUCCCACAGUCAGGAAGCGCCAGCAUCCAGACACAGUGGUCCACUCAUGAUCAGAACAGAGGACCUGAGAGCCACAGUCAAGACUGGAGCCAGGAUCACCAGGUCGUGACGGGACACAACCAGGCACAGGCCGGGUCUUACACCCAGACACACAGCCAGGCAGUGGAACAGGGCCAGAUCCCACAGUCAGGAAGCGCCAGCAUCCAGACACCAUGGUCCACCUGUGGCCAGAACAGAGGGACAGAGAACAACAGUCCAGAUCGGAGCCAGGCCCAACAGGUCGUGACAGGAGGGCCCAUCCAAACACAGGCAGGUUCCUCUACCCAGACUGUGCCCUGGCGCCAGACUGAAAGCCAGGCAGGGGCUCAAGAACAGAGACAGACCCAGACGCAGCCGAACAGAGGUCACGGGUGGAUACCAGUAAGCACCCACGAGGCAGUAGAGCCAGCGCCAGGGGGACAGGCUCAGGCCGGAGCAAGCCCUGUGACAGAAAGACGGGAGGUGGACAGCAGUCACCCGGGAGGGCAGGGAGAGAGAGUGCCCACAGUGGUCAGCGAGGAGUGGGUUGAUGACCACACAAGGGAGGUGGUGAUCCGGAGUGAGGACUCGGGCAGACUGCGCUCUGGGGCUCCUUCAGCGUAGAGCUGGGCUGGAAGAGGAGAGAGACGCCGCGGGGCUUCAGACGCAGCAAGCCGUGGCUCGCCCAGCUCCAAGGCUGAAGGAAACCUGGAGGGGUGUUGGUGCGUCCGGUCCCUGCCAGGACGAUCACGAUUCCUCUCCUUUAGGACUUUCUCUCUCAUCAUUUCUGCAACGUGAUUUAUACCCUACCCCCCAUCCCCCCACACCCACCACUUACCUGCUUUGGUGUGCAGAUACUCUCGGGAACAGGAGGACACGGAGCGAGCCGUCCUCUUGCGUAGAAUUCUCGGCUCAUAGGGGUUUAUAGAGCUGUUUUAUCUCUGUCAUCUAUCGACUCUCCCAUCUAUCCACAUGCGCUAAUAAAACCUUAAGCAACUGA